AUGUUCCAGCCUCAUCCGGACGAGAGAUUCCACUUGCGCCUCCACAGAGCGCGAUCCGUUGUGCUGACAACACAAGAACUUGUUGAGAUCAGAGCCGCUCAGCGUACCUUUGAAGGCGCAUAUGUUCGCACUGCUCUCGGUCAAUUCUCCUUCGCCCUCAUUAUCCUCAAGGUCUUCACCGAAGAGUUCUACGCCAUAGGCGCGUUGUUCGCUGUGUAUGGAGUUGCCGUUAUGCUAGUUGCCGUAUACCGUCGGUACGAGGGUCAGAACCAGUUCUUCACGUCAGAGACUGCCGACGGUUCUUUGAAAAGAAAGUUUAGGACGAGCGGGAACAUUAUCUCUGACGUGCAGCAACUUCCAUGGUCGCAAUUACAAUGGCUCACGUUGCGGUAUAUAUGGGACACAAUAGUAGUUUCUUGA